CUUCAUUGAAAAAGGACAACAUUCCCUUGUCCCUGCGAUCGCCUGUGCGGCAUAAUGACAAACAGUUAUCCAGUCAAUUUUCAUGGCUCAUAUCUCCUGUACGCUGUGUUGCUGCUCUUGGCGUGCCUGGUGGUCCUGCAGUCCAACCGAGUCAGGGAGAUGCAGAUGGAGCUUAGGGAGCUGCGUCAGUGGACCCUGCUGGUGUGUGGGAACAGAGAGGAAUCAUCUCCUGAUGAUGUCUCGCGCUGCGGGAUAUUUGACCCUGACAGAAGAACCAAAUGGAAUGGAGUUAGGGUAAAGAGGGACGUUAAAAAACGUGGGAGCAGACAACAGCGAUGCACUGCAGAGGGGGGAGAAUUUCUUCACCUUGUACCUCUUUCCUCACUCUCAGAUGAUGAAAAUGAUUUCACUGUGGUGAAAUGGGCUCCAGGACAGAGUCUAGGGGCAGGGCUGCGGGUCUCUGGAGAAACGGUCACCGUGGAAACCGCAGGGACUUACUUCAUCUACAGUCAGGUGCUGUAUAAAGACACCACAUGGACUAUGGGCCAUGUGAUCCAGAAGAAUCUACAUGGUAUCGAGAGCAGCUUGAUGAAGUGUAUACAGAGCAUGCCCAGCAACAUCACAGUGGCACAGAACACCUGCUACACGGCCGGUGUCCAUUACCUGGAGCAAGAUUCCACUUUGAAACUCUGCAUUCCCAGGAAAUCUGCUGGACUUGUCCUCCGGCCUCACACCACCUUCCUUGGCAUGUUCAGGAUCUGACAUUAAACGAAACAACCUGUACCAGCCUGCCCGAUGACAUCCUCCCCAUGAUGAAACAACCUGUACCAGCCUGCCCGAUGACAUCCUCACCAUGAUGAAACAACCUGUACCAGCCUGCCUGAUGACAUCCUCCCCAUGAUGAAACAACCUGUACCAGCCUGCCCGAUGACAUCCUCACCAUGAUGAAACAACCUGUACCAGCCUGCCCGAUGACAUCCUCCCCAUGAUGAAACAACCUGUACCAGCCUGCCCGAUGACAUCCUCCCCAUGAUGAAACAACCUGUACCAGCCUGCCCGAUGACAUCCUCCCCAUGAUGAAACAACCUGUACCAGCCUGCCCGAUGACAUCCUCACCAUGAUGAAACAACCUGUACCAGCCUGCCCGAUGACAUCCUCACCAUGAUGAAACAACCUGUACCAGCCUGCCUGAUGACAUCCUCACCAUGAUGAAACAACCUGUACCAGCCUGCCUGAUGACAUCCUCCCCGUGAUGGAUCUGAGUUAGAGUAUGUCCUCAGCAUAACC